GGGGAGAGAGAGCGCCAGCUUAUUCAAACCAGCAGAAUGCGUUGCCUCGGGCACCUGAUAGAUAGGAGAGUGUAGUGGUAGAUCUGUCUAACGUACGGCAAUCGCACAGCUCAAUAUAUGAAGCUAUUUCUACGGGAAGCCUAACUUGUCUUUUACUGUGUUCUAACAAUGUCUGUGAAACCACCUUCACCGCAACAAGUGGUCAUAUACAAUGAAAUUCCUCCUCCCAAAGAACCCGUCGCUAGUGGGACCCUUCCUAAAGCCUCCGACGUCGUGGAAUCGUUGCGAAGUGCUUUCUCCAGCCUGAAAACGAAAUAUAUCUCCAAAGAUGGCAGAUCUGUUAAUUAUCAAAAACUUAAGACUUCAGCUGAGCUGAAGAAUUUAGAAAAAGAAGUGCAGAAACUUGUUCAUAUCAACUUGGAAGACUUAUCCAUUGAUGAUCAGAAAGCACUCUUUAUUAAUUUAUUCAAUAUUCUCACCAUUCAUGCAAUUGCAUUGCAACCAAGCCUCCCACAGUCUAUACGUAAUAUCAGCCAUUUUUGGGACAGAACCGCAUACAAAAUUGGAUCAGAAACCUACACAUUGAAUGAUAUUGAACAUGGAAUUCUGAGGGGCAACAAACCUCCACCAACCCACAUUGAGCUUCCAUUUGGUCCUAAAGAUGCUCGCUUAAAGUUUGUCAUGAAACCUGACCCCAGAAUACAUUUUGCUCUUGUUUGGGGUUGUAAAACAAGCCCACAAAUCAAUAUAUACCAGGGUAAGAACCUAGAAAGUUCCUUGGAAGAAGCAAUGAAAACAUUGUGUGAGCAAGAAGUUUGUAUGUUUACAGAAAUCAAUGAGAUAUGGCUACCAAGCUUAUUUAAAUGGUACCAGAAAGAUUUCGGUAAAUCGGACACCGAUGCUGUUAGAUCUGUCAUGCCGUACUUGUCAAAGGAAAAGAAGAACCGUGCAGAGCUUUUGUUGCUUGCUUUAGACAGAAUUGGUAAUGUGAACUUGAAGCUGACACCCUAUGAAUGGCAAUUAAACAACUCUGGAACUGUAUAACACACACACACACGUACGCAUGCAUGAACACCAACACAUCACAUAUAAAUAUGAACACAUCAUUGAUAUGCUUUCAGAAAUUCUGAGACACUCUCAGAAACACUGGUACUCUGACACUUUCUGACAUAUGCAUAUUCUUCAUGCAAGAAUGGAUUACAAUUAUUUAACAGAACAUCCUCAAAAACCUGUUCGUUUAUAGCUUUAUAUAUUUUUGUAAUUUCAAUACUUACUAGUCUUCAACUUGAACCAGCUAAUCAGCUAAUGUCUGCUUCAAAGCAU